AUGGGGACCGGCGCCGCCUUUUCCGCGGAUUCGAAAAUUUAUUUGGCGCUUUGCGUCGUGGUGGAGCCUGAGCUGACGCGCGUGCUGCUAAAAGGCGUGCUUCGCGAUCGCGCGGAGCCGGCCGUGCAAACCCGAUAUCGAAUCGUGAAGUUCUUCACGCCCGCGCGGCUCGCGUUGGUGGAGUGUCGGAUUCAGCAGGGUAAAAAACAUCAAAUCCGACGUCAUCUGGCGAGUGUGGGGAUGCCGAUUGUGGGGGAUGUCGUGCAUGGCGGCGCGGCGUGCAUACGGCCUUUUAUCCGCCGCGUCGCCCUCCACGCGCUGUCGAUUAGUUUUGUCCAUCCCAAAACGGACGCGAAAAUCUGCGUGACCGCCCCUUUGCCGGAUGACUUUCAACAGGCUUUGAAAACGCUAAACGGCCAAAAGUAG